AUGGAUGUUUGUGUGCUGUGUGGCCUCACGUUGAUCAAGAAGACAGUUAAAAUUAAACAGAAGGGUUUACAAACACUGAAAAAAGCAAGCAAAGAACGGAAUGAUGGAAAGUUGAAGUUAUUGGAGAACAAAACUGAGCUAAUGGUUCACGUGAAAUGCAGAAGAGACUACACUAGGCCAACUAGCAUAAAAGCGUCAAAAAAUGCUCUAAAGAACGUGACGGGACAGCCAACAAGCCGUCCACAUUUAAGAAGUUCAGUAUCUGAUUUUAAUUUUAAAUCUGAAUGUAUAUUUUGCGCCAAGAAAUGUCUCCAUAAUCGUGAAAAUCGAACACAGAAAACUAGCCUUGUCACAACAUUGGAAGUCAAAGAUACCAUCAUAAAACACUCCACAAAUAAUAAAAACUGCAUUGAAGAACCACACAAUAUCAUUUCGGAACAGAUUUUGAAGGAAUUUAAGGUCAGGGACUGCCUUUGGCUUUCUAGGUUCAUCCUAGACUUGGAUAAAAAACCUUUUUGGAAUGGAUUCAAGGCCAAAACUGUAACAGGUGAUUUCCAAACUACUUCAGUAACACCAGUACCAUUUAUUAAUUUGGAUCCGAGUUUGGAUCCCAGUAAUUUGACUACAAUUCAUACUGCACACCAUUUUGCAGCUGAUUCAACUAGAAAGAGUUUUGAUCUUUCCGAAGUACUUAGUUCACCUGUCAUCAAUGCUACUGAACCUAUUGUAAAUCAGUUGGAAAGCAGAAUCAAAAUAGCACGUGAACAGAGCAGAACAGGCAAGUUGUGGUGUGAAUAUUGGGAGCAAAUUGAUUUGAUGAACCAACUGGAAACUUCUAUGAGCGAAGAGGAUUAUGACAAAUUCUGUGCUUCAUUCACAAUCAGACGUCUCCCAGACAAGUUUUGGCAAGGUUUAUGGACUGACAUCACCAUUGAGCAAGUACUUGUGCGAUCUAUGAAAUCAGAAGGAGGCUUGACACGCGGCAGAGGCUUAACUGAAGCCGUGUUGGGUAAAUGGGUGUUAUCAAUGCCAGAAUCAACAAGAGUUUGCGAAUCGUUGGAGACAUUUUCAAAAUCUAGGCCUUGCUACUCAGAACAGCAUGUCGAAUUGCGCGAUUCUAGAGGAAAUCGCGACUACAACGAUCUUCAGCGAUUGCUCAGUUGGUUGGAAUUCCAUAAUCCAUUUGAUGACCAAAUAAACUCACUUCUAUCCAUUUCCUCUUCUUUAGUUGCGUCAGUUGAUAUAAACUGUGAUUCUGCGAGAGAAGUGGGAGAAAACCUAUUAUCGAAGUGCAUUGGCCUGAAUUUUCAAGACCUCCGUUUGAAACGAAACGACAAAAUUAAACCCUUGUCCUUUAUGUUCAAAACUUUGAAGGGUGCUGGGAUUAAAGAUAUUCAAGCUAGAGGAGAUGCAGAUACUGUUUUAGUGGACGAAGCGAUCACAAUAGGUAAAUCCGGUUCACAUGUGGUACUUGUUGGAGACGAUACCGAUCUAGUUGUCCUAUUAAUGUACAAGGUGCAGGAUGAAAAAAUAUUCAUGCUUCGCCCCAGGCAGAUCUGGAAAACCGAAUCCAGUUACAGAUAUUUUAAAAACUCAAGGAAAGUUAGGCAUCCCGAAAGAAUAGAAAGACACCAAAAUGCAGAAUAUUGUGUCUGUUUUUCUAGAUCCAACGGCGGAUAA